AUGGCGGCGCUGGGGCUCGGGCGGGCGGCGGGGCGCGGCGGGGCGGUGGCGGCGAGGGGGCGGCGCUGGGUGCGGGCGCUGAGGCGGAGCCCGGUGCGGGCCCUGCCGCCGCGGGAGGAGCCGGUUGAGGAGCGGCGGAGCCCGGUGGGGCCGCCGGCCGUGGAGCGGAGCUCGGCCGGGCCGGGGCUGUGGUACGAGAAGGCGGCGCCCGGCGACAGGAGGCUGGGGAAAGUGGUGACCGUCGCCAAGUCGCGGAGCUUUCGGGAUCGGCACGGGAAGGUGCUGCUGGAGGGGCUGCGGCUCGUCAGGGACGCGCUGGAGGCCGGGGCCGUGCCGCAGAGUUUGUUCUUCAGCGCGGCCGGGCACCUGAAGGAGCUGCCCGAGGCGCGGCUAAAGCGAGCCAGCUUGGUGAAGGUGAAGUUUGAGGAGAUCAAGAGCUGGUCUGACCUCGUAACGCCGCAGGGGGUUAUAGGGAUCUUUUCCAAGCCUGACCCUGCCAAGAUGUCUUACCCUGCUGCUCAGCUCGCCAGCUCAGUGCCGGUGGUCCUCAUCUGCGACAACAUCCGGGAUCCAGGGAACCUGGGCACCAUUCUGAGGUCUGCAGCCGGAGCAGGGUGUGAAAAAGUGCUGCUCACCAAAGGGUGUGUGGAUCCAUGGGAGCCAAAGGUGCUUCGUGCAGGCAUGGGAGCUCACUUUCGCAUUCCCAUCAUUGCCAACCUGGACUGGGAAUCUGUCCCCAGCAACCUCCCUGCCGGCAUCCAGGUCUGCGUGGCCGACCACAAAGACCCGGGCGCUCAGGCUGAGGCAGAGCCCUUGUCGCAGGGAGCUGGCAGGUCUGGCUCCACUUCUGGCAACCCCAAGGCUCCUGUAAAAUCCAAACCCAAGGCUGCUCCUCCCGAACACGAGGACGGGGAGGGAACGGCGGGUGGCUGCGCCCCAGAGCUCGCCGCGCAGUAUUACUACGAGAGCUGGAUCCGGGCUCCAGCGGCGGUAGUGGUUGGCGGAGAGACCCACGGCCUGAGCCCGGACGCGCUUCACCUCGCAGCCAGCACGGGUGGGAAGAGACUGGUCAUCCCCAUGGUGCCUGGCGUGGACAGCCUCAACUCUGCCGUAGCUGCUGCCAUCGUGCUGUUUGAAGGGAGGAGGCAGUUGCUGCAGAGGAACAAGCAGGAAAACAAAAGGCAGAAGUUCCCUGUAGGGGGCUGAACCGCUGAGACUUGGGUGCUGAAGCAGCAUCUUUUCCCUUUGGCACUCCCCAGAGGAGUUAAUAAAAUAGCACCUUGGUCUGUUUGGUUUGUAAUAAA